AUGACUGAGGCUGCAGGUCGUGUCUGCGACGCGGCCGUUCGGAUCGAGAUGGCCACAUCUGGGUCGCCUGCAGAAGGGCCACAGCCCGAGCUUCCGCCCCCUUCGCCCGAAGAUGAAACUAAGAUGCCUGGGUGGGAUGAGUGGGAAGAUGACGAGGAUGAUGGCACCAUCACGCCCAUAGAAGAUGACGAGCAACUUCUCGCUGGCGAGAUAGCUCCGCCGGCUACGACGCAUACGCCGCGAAAAUCCUCCACGAAAACUAAUCUUGCCACACGGCACUCCGUGUAUAGGCCAAAGCGCCUAAAGUCGCGAGGCCGCCAAAAGGCCCAGAAUGCAAAGGCAGGCAUUCGACUUAUAACAGACAUGGCUGGUCUCCAUCGACCCGCACACCAGUCUAGGAAGAGCCCCGGUGUCCCUCGGCCCAGAUUUGUCGACCUCGCUGCUCUGCGAGCUCGAGGGAAGUCCGACCUCCGCCACGAAGUUCCAGCCAACUACCGCCGGAACCCUCAGAAUCUCAUCAGCAUCGCGUCCGCGGACGACCUCGACGCAGGCACACCUUGCACCCUAUUCGAGGAGGACGGCACCCUGAGCCCGUCGGCGGCUCGGCGUUUUCAGCAGACGUCCUUGAGCCCUGGAGGAGUAGCAUCCGGCGCGAUGCGAGGACAUGCGGAUUACCGUCGUUCUAGAGGGUGCACGCCCCAAGAGGAAAAGAAGAGCGCCGAUGAGUGGUGGCGAGGAAUGGACGCAAAGAAACAGCCCGUGGUGGCCGAAGCGCAGAGGUGUCCCACGCCCCAGUCCGUUCACGUCCUCCGACUCGGUCCCACGCCCAUCAUCCGAACUCCGAGCCCGCGGCGCACACCCUCGCCUAACGCUAUUCCUUCGCGGAGCGGAUCGCCCCGACUUCCACUUGGGUCGGCGACCAUGGCGUCCUCGAGCCAAUCACCCCUGAGACGCGGCGAAACCAUGGCGGGCAAAGCGGCAGUUCUCGCCCAGGAGAAUUCCACCCCCACGGAGGAGCCCCCGCCGUACUCGCCUCCCCACACCAGCGGCCAAGCUCCUGUCCGCUACCGAGCCUUGUUUCCGCCUGACCACCCUCUUCACACCCGCUUUCCCCUCGCCAGGGCCUGUUUCUCCUGGAGUCACGAGGGCCAUGACCUCGCAAGGGGCGGUCAACAUGACCGAGAUCCCCUGACCCCGGCGGGUCAUGCUACUUCGUUCAACGACAGGCCGGCGGGGACCUUUAUCCCCCAAGAACACUCUCUCCCCGCGGAUGGCCCCCAGUACCGAGUAGAAAGGGAUCGGAGGCGGUACGAAAAGAAGAGGUCCUUGCUCGCAAGGCGGGUGGACUAUGGCGCGGGCGAUGGUGCAUCCCGGCGAGUGGUUGUUAUGGUCGUGCCGGCCGAGAGGGCCGCAAAGGCGUAG